GUCAACAUUGGAAAGGCCCAAGGGAGGUCCCAUGCCGCACUCGCCGCGCGUCAAGUUUGGACUGCCAUUGCAUCUGGCCUAAACUGGAGAAACAAUCGCCUGCGAAGAUCCACCGCGGACACAAUGGUCGUGCUUUCAACACCAAAGGCCGACAAGGAGAACAUCGCGCCGCGUAGUCGGUUCUCGACGCCAAAGUCUCUCGACAGCCUCCAUAAGCCCUUCAAAUGCCCUGGAUCGGCGACGCGCUCGGUAGCGACCGAUCGGCCGAGCCGUAAGCGGAGAAAGAUUGACUACAAAGGCGCGGAUGGCAGCGAGGAUGCCGACAAGCCAUGGACUAAUGCGGACCGCCUCGCCCUGGCGAACCGGGAUGCAAACAAAUUCCCCAUCUUCCAGGCCAAGGACAAAGACAAGGUCUUUAGAAAAGCUUUUUCUGUACCCUUCAUAAAUAAGAACGCAUCUGCCUACAACCCGAACCGUCCACCCCCAACCUUAGGGCUGCGGCAAGGCGCGGUCUUCAUCGCCAAGCCGUUGCAUGACCCGAGUGGCGAGUUCUCUAUUGUGCUAUACGACCCGACCAUUGAUGAUAAGCCAAAAGAGGCAUCUAAUCUGGCCGAGACGAAAGAAGCGGAACCCAAGCCCGGGUCCCAGCUUGACGCGCCGCUCGUUCAUAAGAGUCUUGCCGAGAUCCUGGGUAUAAGGAAACAGGUCGCGGGAGAACACCCACGAGUUCCCGUCGUCAUUGACCCAAGGCUUGCCAAAGUACUUCGGCCCCAUCAAAUAGAAGGUGUAAAGUUCAUGUACCGUUGUGUGACGGGCAUGGUUGACGAGAAAGCGAACGGAUGCAUCAUGGCUGACGAGAUGGGUCUCGGCAAGACGUUACAGUGCAUUACUCUGCUCUGGACCUUGCUCAAGCAGUCUCCCGAGGCUGGAAAGUCGACUAUUCAGAAAGCUAUCGUGGCGUGUCCCUCGAGUCUAGUGCGUAACUGGGCAAACGAGCUGGUGAAGUGGCUAGGUGCCGAUGCCGUCACGCCUUUUGCCAUUGACGGCAAGGCCUCCAAAGAGGAGUUGACUCGUCAACUUCGCCAAUGGGCAAUUUCCAGCGGCCGCGCAGUUACGCGGCCUGUCAUCAUUGUAUCGUACGAGACGCUCCGCCUCAAUGUCGACGAACUCAAGAACACGCCGAUCGGACUGAUGCUCUGCGACGAGGGCCAUCGUCUCAAAAAUGACAAAAAUCAGACCUUCUUUGCUCUGAACAACCUGAACGUCUCCAGGCGUGUCAUCCUGUCGGGCACGCCUAUCCAGAACGACCUCUCCGAGUACUUCGCUCUGAUCAGUUUUGCCAACCCCGACCUGCUCGGAACCAACAAUGAAUUCCGCAAGCGCUUCGAGAUUCCCAUCCUUCGAGGCCGGGAUGCCAGUGCGUCCGAGGCCGAUCGAAAGCGUGGCGACGAAUGCCUUGCCGAACUGCUUGCUAUUGUCAACAAAUUCAUCAUCCGACGCACCAACGACAUUCUGUCCAAGUACCUGCCUGUCAAAUACGAGCAUGUGGUAUUCUGCAACUUGGCUCCCUUCCAGCUCGACCUUUACAACUACUUCAUUACUUCCCCUGGUAUCCAGGCCCUCCUCCGAGGGAAGGGGUCACAGCCUCUGAAAGCCAUUGGAAUUCUCAAGAAACUGUGCAAUCAUCCAGACCUCUUGGAUCUCUCAAACGACCUGCCGGGCUGUGAAGAUUCAUGGCCGGAAGACUAUGUGCCGAAGGAAUCCCGGGGACGCGACCGCGAGGUCAAGCCGUGGUACAGUGGCAAGAUGCAAGUCUUGGAUCGGAUGCUAGCUAAGAUCCGGUCCGAGUCGAACGACAAGAUUGUGCUCAUCAGCAAUUACACGUCAACACUGGACUUAUUCGAGAAGCUUUGCCGGUCUCGCGCGUACGGGUGCCUUCGCCUUGACGGUACCAUGAACGUUAGCAAGCGCCAGAAACUCGUUGACAAGUUCAACGACCCGAACGGUGAUGAGUUUGUCUUUUUGCUGUCUAGCAAGGCGGGCGGGUGUGGUUUGAACCUGAUUGGCGCGAACCGCCUGAUCCUCUUCGACCCCGACUGGAACCCCGCAGCCGACCAGCAGGCACUUGCGAGAGUGUGGCGAGAUGGUCAAAAGAAGGACUGCUUUGUGUACCGCUUUAUUGCUACGGGAACGAUCGAGGAAAAGAUCUUUCAGCGCCAGAGCCACAAGCAGUCGCUGUCAUCGUGCGUCGUCGAUUCCGCCGAGGAUGUCGAGCGGCAUUUCAGCCUCGACAGCUUGCGAGAACUCUUUCAGUACCGCGGCGAUACGCGCAGUGACACCCACGACACCUUCAAGUGCAAGCGCUGCAAGCCGAACGGCAAGCAGUACAUCAAGGCCCCAGCAAUGCUCUACGGUGACACUAGUACUUGGAAUCACUUUGCCAACGGUAGCCUCAAGCCUAUCCAGGACCUGCUCCUCCGCCAGGAGUGCGGCGAGCCGGAGAUUAGUGCCGUGUUCCAGUACAUUUCUCAUUAAUAUUAGCAUCAGAGAAUAUGCAGUGCCGUGGAAUCGAGACGUAAUAUAAAUAUGGGCUAUGGUGGAUUGUUGGCGGUGGGUUUAUGCGGCUCAUUUGGUGUUUUACCGCAUUGUCUAGAAUUCAGCGAGCUUGUUUGCUGAAAUCGCCUUUUAUUUUACGAAAACAUAGAAGCAGCACGAGUCGACUUAUUUCUUGGCUGGUGUUUUCUUUGGCUUGUCUUUUUUAUCGCUUUGCUCUUGCUUGCUGGUUAGAGACGGAGACAUCAUAGCUUCUGCCGCCCUAGACACAAUAUGAC